AUGGCUGCAACCUUGAGGCCCAUCAUGAGCCGCCCUGCGGCAGCAGCAUUUUUGCUGCUGAUCCCAUUUCUUCUAGUUCUGGGCUCCCACAGUUCUGACACCUUUCUGGUGGGGCGACCUGUUGAGACCCUCCCCCCGAAGCCACGCUUGAUGCCGACAAGGAGCUCAGAUUCCAACCUCUGUGGAAUGUUUCCAGUUGUGAGCUUUGCCGCGACGAUGGGCUUCAUUGCUGCGGCCAAGGCAGCUGUUCAGCGCCGCUACAAGGGGAGCUACAAUUUGGAUACACGGAUGCCAUGUGGAGAGGAUAUAGAGAUGACUCCAGAAGAACAGGAGACGUGGCUACAGGAGAAAUCUGCAGAACUUGAGGCACUGAUGCCACUCACUGACCAAGAAUUUCUUGAUGAGGUUGAAGAGUUAACUUGGAAGUGGGCCCGCCAUCUUUUGCCCUUUGCAGACAAGAGGCGACAUGAGACUGCGCUGCACAAGCGAAAGGUGAUCCUGAAGCAGAAAGAGCUAUUCAAGACGUUGCGUCUUUGGCAUCCCCUUGCGUUGAAGUACCCAUCACUGCUAAAGAGGUUGGACAGCGGACCACCUUCCUCGAGAGAGAACAGGGACUACAGAAUUCACACCGAGUAUUUGGCCAACGAAGAGAAGAUCGCCAACUUUACCUAUGCGGACCGAUUUUUGUUGUUGCAAGAAGCCGUUGCAGAAAGCCGUUGGAGGAAGGGUGAACCGUUUUUUUGUUUAUUACCGUUUUCGAUGCAAUGUCAUUGA